GAAACUAGCGCACUGCAGCAGCCCGGUUUCCAUUAAACGCCCAUUCCACUCAGUGUGAAUGAGAUUAGGUGUGGGAGUUUUCUACCUCAUAUCCGAGAAGUGACACAGCCAGGCAAGCUCGGUCCACUUGGAGAAGCCUACAGGCUGGAGCUCUGGCCCAGCCCAGCCCAUCCCAUCCCAACCCAGCAGCAUAACUCACUCAGAGCAGGAGGUUUAUACAGAGGCGGACCCACAUCACUCACCACAAACCCAUUCACGUAAACGAGGGCAGCGCUUCGCUAAGACGGCUACAGCCGAGCAGACCUCCUCAGCUCUGUCUGGAAUCCUAUCACUUUCAACGGCCGUCUGUGUGGAGAACUUCCGUCAUGAGCUUCCUCACCGCUCUCCACUGUGUGGUGCUUAUUUCGUUCUGUGAAAUCCUGGGGAAACACCAAACCAGCGCGGGCAUGUGUUGGCUGCAGCAGAGCCAGGAGCAGCGCUGUGACAUGGUGCUCAUGCGCGGAGUAAGCAGGGAGGAGUGUUGUGCCGGUGGCCGUUUAGACAUGGCCUGGUCCAACACCAGCCUGCCCAUCAACGAGGUCAGUCUAUUGGGUUUCCUGGGCAUCGUCUCCUGCAAGCCCUGCAAAGAGACGUGUGAAGGGGUGCAGUGUGGGCCGGGGAAGGUGUGUAAGAUGAAGGGCGGACGCCCUCAGUGUGUGUGCUCCCCAGACUGCUCCAACGUCUCCAGAAAGCACGCUGUCUGUGGGAGUGAUGGGAACUCGUAUAAAGACGAGUGCGCGCUUCUGAUGGCCCGCUGCAGAGGUCAUCCUGACCUGGAGAUCAUGUACCAGGGAGAGUGCAAAAAGUCCUGCUCCAACGUGGUGUGCCCUGGCACCCACACCUGCGUGACAGACCAGACCAACAGUGCCCACUGCGUAAUGUGCCGCACAGCCCCCUGCCCGCUGCCCCUGCUCACUGACCAGACCAUCUGCGGCAACGAUAACAUCACCUACCCCAGCGCCUGCCAUUUGCGCCGGGCCACCUGCUUCUUUGGCCGCUCCAUAGGAGUGCGCCACUAUGGACAUUGCAGAAGUGAAGAAGACAGUGAGGAGAAUUCACUCUUUUAGAGACGCUGGCUUUGCAUGAGCUUCGUUUCCUCGUACAUCCACUGACAGCGCAGUUCACGUGAGCGAGUCGUAACUACCCGACAGAGUCCUCUGUUCUAAAUGAACCACUGAUAUACGUAGAUGCAUGCAGUACAUAUUACAAGGGAAAUGUGUGCCUCUCUUGCUAUCUGCUAUAGUAUUGUAGUGAAGAACUGAAGUGAUAAACUGUUUAUCAGAUUUGGGGCCUGACAAUGUGCAUAUUGUAAAUACAUUACUGCUAUUAUUUAUUGGAGGAAGCCAGUUCUCCAAAAACAUGUUUUUAUUUAUAGUUCUUUUCAUUUGAAUUGCAUAUUCCCAGAUCAGCUGCCUUCAUGGAGAUAUUUAUUGUGUUAUUGUCAGUGUUCAUGUGCAAAACAGUUGUAGUUCAAUACAGGUUCAUGAAAAAUUACACUCAAAAUUCCUGUUUCUAGAUGUAUACAGUGUAAACACUUGCCAAAGACAGAUGCAACCGUUGCUAUGCAUUGUUAAUAAAAUGCAUAGAUGCUUACAUAAACAAUUAAACACUGAAUCCCUUUUGAUAGACCUUUCCAUGCUCUGCCCACAAAUGCAUUGCUAGGUUGAACAAGCUUUACAUAACAUUGGCAAAAAUCUCAUUUAACCAAAAAAAUAGUAGCACACUACGCAAAGUUCUGAAUUUCAAAAAUAUUGUUUUUUUAUCCAUUUGAAAGGUUAACCUGUUAGGAUGGGUUGGGUGUAGUUGUGUCAUCAAGCUAACAUUAGCAUGGUGGCAGCUUUGUUAUUGUUUCCAACCUGCCUACUUUCGACUGAGUAAAACAACGCAGUCUAGCUCAACAGCGUAGUAUUGUAAACUCGAAACUGGAAGAUGUUAUGUAGCGCCAACCAGAUUGAACUUAUUAGGGUGAAUGUGGGUGGGAGUGUAAAUCUGUUAGGAUGGGAACACACUGACCGAUCCGAUGUCUCGUGAAGACUGAGCUGAAAGGAUUAAGUGAUGGUGUGCUCAUCAACCUUGUCCAAUGAACAACGAGUCUAUUGUUAGCCCAAGUUAGCCCUCUUUCUCCAGUUACUGUCUUAAGACAAAGCAUUUGAAGUGGUUUCAUGGAAUCACAUUUUUCCAACGAGCACAACUAUGACAAAACUGAAUCGAACGGUGUUACUGAAA